AUGGAAGUUUCCCGCAGAUACCAAAACAGCGCCAGGUACUGGCCCCAUAGCGGCAACAAGAACCUCUCAGCACAAGGCUACGCCAAUGCCCUCAAACUCGUCCUCGGUAUCAAGAGGCAGAAGUCUCCCAACAAACCACUUUUGAUGAGAGUCGAUCAAUGGGGAGGACCUGCGUCUCGAGGCAGGGAAUUUGGAGAGAUCUCAAAAGACUUCAAGGUGUACAGCUCCGAGGGGUUUUGUGUUGUGGCCGUCGAGUACAUGGGAAAUGACGGAGCUUCGGUAUACAACAAGAUUUUCCUGGACUCGGGAAGCCAGCUGGAUAUGUUUUGCUGGGAUGGCUACGAAUUUGAUCUGAUGAAUUGGACCACGACUUCAUUCGAAAGUAUUGGAAACGCCAGCCGGGUGACAGCUUUGCCGUUUUCUUUCAAAGUGGCCGUCCCUUCGUUGGCCUUUGUGGACUAUCCAGCACCUGGUUACAAUGUACUCUGGGGGGAAGUGAGGCAAGGUGUCAGCAGAAGACUUCAACAAAAGCAAUCCAUAUACACUCAAUCCCUAGGGGCCAGGAGGGGAGGGCAUAUUUCCGGUGACUUUGGCUCCCAGCCGCCUUGCCAAUACCCGGCCAAUGCGAGAUGA